CGCCUCCCCUUUACCUGAUUGGCUGCAGGGCGGCCGCGUGGCAAACUCGGGCCUCCCAUUGGCCAGUUCACCUGGCACCGCCCCGUGACCCAUCCAAGAUGGCAGCCCGGUGUGCUUGGAGGGGCCCGCGGUUGCUGCUGUGGAGGCCGUCGGGGGCUCGCGGGGCUCCCCAGGGUCCGGAGUGGGGCCUGGGCCUCGGAGUGAGGACUCGCGCCCGCAGCGACGGCCCGUACUCGCGCACGGCCCUCUACGAGCUGCUCGGCGUCCCGUCCACAGCCACGCAGGCUCAAAUCAAGGCGGCCUACUACCGGCAGAGCUUCCUCUACCACCCCGACCGCAACGCGGGGAGCGCCGAGGCCGCCGAGCGCUUCACCCGCAUCGCCCAGGCCUACGUGGUGCUGGGCAGCGCCGCCCUCCGCCGUAAGUACGACCGCGGCCUGCUCAGCGACGAGGACCUGCGCGGGCCCGGCCCGCGGCCCUCCGGGACCCCCGCCGCGCCCCGCGCCCCGCCGGCCGCCCCUCGGGCCCCCAGCGGAGGCCGGGCCAAGCCGGGCGGCGGGCGCGCCGUGUUCGACUUCGACGCCUUCUACCGGGCGCACUACGGGGAGCAGCUGGAGCGCGAGCGGCGCCAGAGGGCCCGGCGGGAGGCCCUGCGCAGGCAGCGGGAGGAGCGGGCCAGGCGGGGCAUCAGGUGGGACGAGGCCCGGGACACGGCCUUCCUCCUCCUCCUCCUCGCCGGCUUCGUCCUCGUCGGCUUUCGCAUCUGACCGGGAGGGGCAGGGGGCGCGGGACCCCCGGCAACGGCCCUCCUGGCCUCGGAGCCCCGAGGACCUGCUGUCCCUCCUCCGCUCCCUCGGCGCCCAGCUCGGCCGCGGACCUGCACGUCCCUUCCCGACCCCCGGACGAGGAGACUGCCUGAGGCGUCAGGAAGAGGCCCCAAGGUGGAGAGGCUCCGAGCCCGGGGCUGCAGGGCCAGUCAGGGGUUUUCCGGAGCCCCCCGGGUGCCUGCUUCCAGAGGUUGCCUUCCUGGCGUUGUCACUUCUGGAGCGCUUGCUCUGGUUUCAUGCAAAGCCCUGAGCGAGAACUGUCACCACCCGUCCGUGUUUGUACUGUGGGGCUGCCCUGUAACCUUGAAACGUGCAAUAUGACCAAUUGUUGGCUGCCAAAAGAAAAGUUCUGGGGUUCUGCGGCGCUUGUCUUUCUGUGAGGUCCCCAAGCCACAGGUGAGACUUGACCCAGAGUAAGACUGUGGGGUGUGAAGGCUUGGCCAUUCCUCUGUGGUUGGCCCCAGGCCCCACUCCCCCUUCUGUUGGUGGCAUGUGGAAGUGGAUAGCAAGGUCCUCAAGCAUAAGGAAUGAGUGCUCCCGUGCCCUUGUUUGUCUGUGUAUGACCUUUGAGAAGUUAACUCUGGGUGUGAUAGCAGGAGUAAAUCCCCCACUCUCCUGAGGGCUGACUGGCAUUAUCACCUAGGAUUCUAAUGGGCUCAGUGGUUAUAACAUGAUACUAGAGCCAGGUUCAUCUGUGGAACAGCAUGCUAGUCACCUGGUCACCCCUCUACCAGCCAGCCUCAUUGCUAACUGUGCAGCCCAUCCCCCAGCAGAAAUAGAGCAACAAAUUCAGAGCUUGAGUUCCCUGAGUGUGGCCUAUCCUCCUGUUUACAUGCAGUGUUCAGCACAAGCCCUACAAGCCAAGCCUGUAAAGCAGAGCUGCUUGAGGCUAUGGGAAAUGUUGGAGGUAUGGAGUAAACAGGCCUUGUAGGGGUAGGAGGCUUGCUGCUGGUCAAGGUGGAAACUUGGUUCCUUGUUCAGAGCUGGCUGAGGUUUCUUUUCUCUAUUUCUGGUUAGCUAAGCAGUUGGUCAUCAUCUGGUUAGAGGUGUAGCGGGAAGGCUCUCUUAACUCUGAAUCACCACACACGGGGAGUGUGCUGUCUGGGAUUGUAGGUUCUCAAGUGUUUAUGCACUGGGCUAAGUGUAAAGCUGUGAGGUGGGGAAACUUUCAAGAGGUCUGUGCAAGGGCGAGGCCCUAAGUCUAGGGUCUAGACAGGUGCGAUGGUACAGCAACACUGAUCCUUUCACUCAGCCUUGUGUAAAGUCAUUGUCUACAUGUCGAUAAACCUGCAGCUAGUCCAA